AUGUCUGCUAGUAAUCAUGAUAUGGACCCGGCUUGGCCGCCAGGCACUGUGAGGCUUGAGGACAUCUCUCCUUCAACGGAAGGAGCGCAAGUGAUCUUCGAGCCAAAACCAUCCAGCGACCCAAAUGAUCCGUUGAAUUGGCCACAGUGGAGGAAAUAUGUGAACUUCGGGUUCGUCUCUUACUAUGUUAUGAUGGUGCUUGCGCUCAUCGAUGUCGCGACCGUCACAUGGGGUUCCAUGAAUCUGGAGCUUGGCUUCAGUUUCGCUUUGCUAAACGACAGUUACGCUGCCGGCUGUGGAGCGUUGUGCAUCGGAGCCGUGAUUCUCGUUCCCUUUGCCCUCAAGUUCGGACGACGACCCAUAUACGUUCUGAGCACCGCUGUCCAGUGUGGAAUCUGCAUCUGGUCAGCCCGGAUGCAAAAUGUGGCAGAUCUGAUGCUGGUAAAUGUAUUGAGCUGCAUCGUCGGCGCACUGGCAGAAGUCUUGGUCCAAAUGACUGUGGCAGAUAUGUUCUUCGUGCACGAAAGAGGACUCAUGAACACACUGUACUAUUGGGUGACGACUGUCGGAGUCACCCUGGCGCCACUGGCUGGUGGGUUUAUCACUCUUUCCCAGGGUUGGCGCUGGGUUUGGUGGUGGAUGGCUAUACUGUUUGGAGCCGGACUCAUCGCCUUCUUUUUCUUCUACGAAGAAACCAUGUUCUGUGUGCCAUCUAUUGAUGGAAUUCCCGUGGCUGAUAAGCUGGCACCACAGCCAACCUCUCAGAAGCAGGAUCUCGAAGUUUCUGACUCGAAAGGAAAGCAACAUGAUUCAACUCAACAACCUGUUCAAGUUGAACAUGUGGAGAUCGACUAUUCGAUCCCGAAGAAGCCAUACUUGCAAAAAUUAGCACUAUGGUCUAAUUCCCCCAUGUCAUUUAUCGACCUAUUGAAGCACAGCUACCAGCCCUUCUUGAUUAUGUUCAGUAUUCCAGCAGUCUUCUUCAUGGCGCUAGAAUACGGAAUUAUGACUGCCAGCACAACAGUGCCCGUUACAACCCUCUCAUCAGUCAUGACUCUCCCGCCAUACAAUUUCGGUUCAGCUCAGAUUGGUCUAAUGGGACUUCCACCAUUUAUUGGGACUAGUCUGGCAACUAUAAUCUGUGGCCCAUUGAGUGACUCGAUUGCGCUUCGACUUGCCAAGAGAAAUGGCGGCGUCUUUGAGCCUGAGAUGCGCCUCUGGCUCUGUCUAAUCUUUUUGCCUCUUGUUCCAGCGGGUCUCUUCAUGUUUGGAAUUGGUCUAAACAACGGGUCUCACUGGCUUCUUCCGGCAUUUGGGCUGGGAAUUAAUGCAUUCGGCGUGGUGCCUGCCAGCAGUGCUGCACUCACCUACUUGACCGAUGCGUACACAGAUAUUAUCGCUGAUUCGGUUGUUGGGGUCACUUUCAUCCGUAAUUUGAUAUCUACAAUCUUUGUUUUCGCCCUGGCACCGUGGGUUGACCGUGUCGGGUUGACAUGGUUUUACGUGACCUUUGGCCUGAUCGCCACGGUCAUCAUGCUCGGGAAUGUCAUCUUCAUCUACUUUGGAAAAUAUUUCAGAGUUCGUGCCGCGGGAAAAUAUCGAUAUUUCAGUGCGCAAAGAGUCGGAGCGGCCUGA